AUCCCAUUUUUUUGUCUAAAUCUAAUGCUGACCUUUUCCUCUUUACACACAGUUUAGCCCCUCCUCCACUCCAAAACAUUUGGUUAACAAAAAAAUAUCAUUAUUAAACUAAGAAGAAGAACAAGAAAAAAAAAAUUGGUAGCCUAUCCUCUGUAAUUUUUUUUUCUUUUACAACAUAGGAAUAUGCAUGUAUAAAAAAAUUACUUUUUAAAAAAAAAAAAAAAACUUAAUUGAAAUGUAUUAAUGUGACAUGACAUGAUGAGACAGAGAGAUCCCAUGUAUGUAUAUAGAUAAUGAUUAAUCUAGGUGAAGCUCCUGUUUGUUCUCUAUAUAGGAAUAGGAAGAAGGCAGCUGUGUGUGUGUGAAUUCUGGAAAAGGAAAUUAGAAUGUUGAGAAGAUAGAUACAUAGAUACAUAGAAUAUACAUAUUACAAAUUAUUACAUACAAAGGCAAAGCAAAAGCAAAGGUGAAAGAGGGUCCUACUCCUACUACUACUGCUUAUAUUUUGGCGGGCAGCAACGGUCGGUCGGUCACCAUCAUCCAUUAUUUUUAUGUGGGUGUGUGGAGCUUGGAGCUUAGAGCCUGCUGCUUGGUGCUGCUGCUGCUGAUGGUGCUGCUGAUGCUCAUAUUUUGUUCAUAUCAUAUCAUAUAAUAAACCCAAUACCCAACUACUCAGUUCUCCUCACUCCCUUCUUCGGGUGUUUUUGCCCAGCUGGAAAUAACAGAUCUCACUCAUAUGAAGAGAUCUUUUUAUCUAGUGGAUGUGCUUCUUUUUCUGGCUCUUGCAUUGUUGGGUUUGCGUGAUGCUUCAUGGGCUGUCACUGGAAGCUCGCAGUCACAGUCCUACUACUGCAAAAGAGAAAAUUAUUCUGGGUCUGGGGAAAUAAGACCUCACAGUGUUACCAUCACAGAAUUUGGUGCUGUUGGAGAUGGGGUCACUCUCAACACAAAAGCCUUUCAAAAUGCCAUCUUCUAUCUCAAUUCAUUUGCUGACAAGGGUGGGGCCAAGCUUUUUGUCCCUGCCGGACGCUGGUUGACAGGAAGCUUCGAUCUCAUCAGCCAUCUUACCCUCUGGUUGGAUAAGGAUGCUGUAAUUCUUGGUUCACAGAGGUCUGAUGACUGGCCAGUCACUGAACCCCUGCCCUCCUAUGGCCGAGGUAGGGAAUUGCCUGGUAGAAGACAUCGAAGCCUCAUAUAUGGCCGCAAUUUGACAGAUAUUAUUAUUACAGGUGAUAAUGGGACUAUUGAUGGUCAAGGAAGCAUCUGGUGGGAUUGGUUUGAAAACAAGACCUUGAAUUAUACUCGACCUCAUUUGGUUGAGUUGAUGAACUCAACCGGUAUAGUCAUCUCAAAUUUAACAUUCAAAAAUUCCCCAUUUUGGACCAUACAUCCAGUAUACUGCAGCCAAGUUACCGUCCAAAAUGUGACAAUUCUUGCUCCUCGAGAAUCGCCAAACACAGAUGGGAUUGAUCCAGACUCUUCUGAUAAUGUUUGCAUUGAAGACUGCUAUAUUAGCACUGGUGAUGACCUGGUGGCCAUCAAAAGUGGGUGGGAUGAGUAUGGUGUCUCCUAUGGGCGUCCAAGUACAAACAUUAUCAUCCACAGGCUCAUUGGAGAAAGCGGCAGAGGUUCAGGGAUUGCAAUUGGAAGUGAGAUGUCUGGAGGUGUGUCACAUGUUCAUGCAGAGAACAUCCAGAUUUUCAAUUCUGGAACAGGUAUUGGACUAAAGACAUCACCUGGAAGAGGGGGUUAUGUGAGAGAUAUCUAUGUAUCAAAUCUGAACUUGGUUGAUGUUGAGACAGCUAUAAGGUUCAACAGUCAGUUCGGAGAGCACCCAAAAGAAUUUUAUGACCCAAAGGCUCUUCCUUUUAUAGAAAGGAUUACUAUCAAGGAAGUAUCGGGAGUGAACAUAAAAUAUGCUGGGAUCCUUAAAGGUUUACAGGGAGAUACUUUUGCCAAUAUAUGCCUAUCCAACAUUCAUCUUAAUAUUACCACCCCCUCAAAAAAAUCUCCCUGGAACUGCUCUUACAUUCAAGGAUAUUCCAACAGAGUAUCUCCAAAAAUUUGUGAGCCGCUCAAGGAUAGAAUCUACCCUGAGCAUCACUUAGAUUGUUACCGUCUAUCAAAUCACUUGUGGAGUCCAAUUAGUCGGAAAGGGUUGCUCAGUUCCUCCCUUGGUAAAUUAAUGACAGAAAAUAUACCAUCUUCUGUGCAUUUUCCAGUUUAAGUUGAAAUUUUGAUUCUUGCCAUCUCUUAACACAGACAAACAUGGCCUAGCAGAAGAACACAAAAUAGGCCGACAUAAAGUUGAGUGGAGUUGCGAGUUUUGGUUGCUAGUUAUAGUACUAAGAUAUGAUUGUUUCUUGUAACUUUGUGUGCAGUGACAAAUAAUUUGAGUGAUAUAUCAAAAUUUUGGAAAUAGAAAUGAGUUUAUGCUUUGAGAAA